CUAGAGCAUGGGGAAGCACCAUCUGCUGGGAAUUGGAGGAUCGGGUUUCUUCUGAUGAACAAUUCUGCAAGACACAGUGGACCCCAAAUGUCUGGAUAUAGAAGGAAUGAAGGUCAACUUUGUGGUCACAUAUCCUCUCAUCUUCUGACGGUCAUGCUUUGUCACCUGGUACUCUCUGGACAUUAGUGGUUGAUCCUCCUCGUUAUCAUUUGAUCCUGUGUCGGAGACCUCAUGCUGGUUGCCAUCUUUAAGUUUGAUGACCCAAGUCACCUUGACAUCCCCAGUACAGUUAAAAGCUUCACAACUCAGUGUGGUCUUCUCACCAUCACUCCAUACAGGACUCUCAAUAUCUUUCAUCAUAAACGUCUGAUGAUCUGUAUGAAACAAGAUAGUAAUGUGAAAGAGUAAUAUGCAUUCCAU